GUUGAAGGAAUGCUGUUUGAGACCUUCGUCGUGGCUACUCUGCUGAUCCUUCUCCUCGUUCCUGUUGGCCGCUGCGCCGACGCCACCGCCGGCAGCGAUGACGAGCGGUUCGUCUACAACGGCUUCAAGGGCGCGAACCUCACCCUCGACGGCGCGUCCACCGUGACGCCGAACGGCCUACUGGUGCUGACCAACGGCACCAUCCAAAUGAAGGGCCACGCGUUCCACCCGUCCCCGCUGCCGUUCCGUGACCGGGGCGCCCAGAACGCCACCGCCGCGCGGUCCUUCUCGACCACCUUCGCGUUCGCCAUCUUCGGGCCGUACAUCGACCUGAGCAGCCACGGCCUGGCCUUCUUCGUCUCCUCGGACAGGGCGGCUCUGUCCACCGCGCUGCCGGGGCAGUUCUUGGGCUUGCUCAACAGCACCGACAACGGCAACGGGAGAACCCACGUCUUCGCCGUGGAGCUGGACACGCUCUUCAACGCCGAUUUCCUCGACAGAAACAGCAACCACGUCGGCGUCGACGUCGACAGCCUAGUGUCGCGUGCUGCUGCGGACGCCGGUUACUACGACGACGGCACCGGGCAGUUCCGGAACCUGAGCCUGGUCAGCCGGAAGGCCAUGCAGGUCUGGGUGGACUACGACAGCGGGUCGACUCAGGUCACCGUGACCAUGGCACCGCUGGGCUUGGCCAGGCCGAAGAAGCCGCUGCUGCAGACCACCGUCGACCUCUCCGGCGUGGUGCAGGGCACCGCGGCGUACGUUGGGUUCACGUCCGCGACGGGCAUCCUCUUCUCGCGCCACUUCGUGCUCGGCUGGGCCUUCGCGUUCGACGGGGCGGCCCCGGCGCUAAACAUCUCGGCGCUGCCAGCCUUGCCGCCCGCGGGGCCCAAGCCGCGGCCGAAGGUGCUGGAGAUCGUGCUUCCCAUCGCGACAGCCACGCUGGUGUUCGCCGUGGGCGUCCUGGUUUACGCCCUGCUGCGCCGCCGGGCCAGGUACGCCGAGCUCCGCGAGGACUGGGAGACCGCGUUCGGGCCACACCGGUUCUCGUACAAGGACCUGUUCCACGCCACCGGAGGGUUCAGUGACAAGCGGCUCCUCGGCGCCGGAGGGUUUGGCAGCGUGUACAGGGGCGUUCUCCGCAAAUCCAACACGGAGGUCGCGGUGAAGAAGGUGUCCCACGAGUCAAAGCAGGGCAUGAAGGAGUUCAUCGCUGAGAUCGCGAGCAUGGGGCGGCUGCGGCACCGCAACCUAGUGCAGCUGCUCGGCUACUGCCGGCGCAAAGGUGAACUCCUCUUGGUCUACGAUUACAUGCCUAAUGGUAGCCUUGACAAACACCUCUACGAUCGAAGCAAGGGCGCACGUGCGCUGGGAUGGCCUCAAAGACUUCACGUCAUCAGAGGAGUGGCGUCCGGGCUUCUGUACCUGCACGAGGACUGGGAGCAGGUGGUUGUCCAUCGAGAUGUCAAGGCAAGCAAUGUGCUCCUCGACGGCGAAAUGAACGGGCGGUUAGGAGACUUCGGCCUCGCGAGGCUGUACGAUCACGGGACUGAUGCGCAUACGACUCAUGUGGUCGGCACUAUGGGGUACCUGGCCCCUGAACUAGGCCACACCGGCAAGGCAACGCCGGCAACUGAUGUCUUCGCCUUUGGGGCAUUCCUUCUGGAGGUCACCUGUGGACGAAGGCCAGUCGAGCAGGACGAGCACAACAGCCACACGGUGCUCGUGGAUUGGGUGGCUGAGCGCUGGCGUAGGAGGCUGAUCCUUGACGCGGCAGACACGAUGAUCCCAGACGGUUUCAAUCCUGAUGAGGUCUGUCUGGCACUAAAGCUUGGUCUGCUCUGCUCGCAUCCGUUGCCCAACGCAAGGCCGACCAUGCGGCAGGUCAUGCAGUACCUCGACGGCGACAUGGUCCUCCCGGACUUGUCACCGGAGUAUUUCGGCUUCACCGCAGUGGAGCGGAUGUAUAGCAGGGAGGUAAGCAAGGAUACGAUGGCAUACGUGUCGUCGUCCACGAGCAUGGGUGCCAUUUCUGAUCUUUCUAGUGGAAGAUGAAUUUUUUUUUUGGUGCACCGGGGGAGUGUGAGUACUGGUUCCUGUUCUCGUAGUAAUAAAAGUUGACCUUGUUGCGUCUUGAAUACUCUUGAUACGUUUAUAUUUGGUACGAGUGAUUUGAUCUUCAUAGCAGUAGGUCAAUAUUUACUAUAAGGGCUAGUUUGGG